AUGAUUCAACUAGCUCAGACUGAAAGCACAGUUAACAUGAGAACUGUUUUGUCCCAGUUGACUAUGAAUAUUCCGAUGAGCAUGAUAAUGGGUGAUCGAUAUUUUGGUGAGGAAGGUGGGGAGUCAUUAGCAGAUGUUGCACAUCUGAUUGAAGACUCUUUUUUGCUGCAUGGGGCUAUCAGUAUUGGGGAUUACGUUCCCUGGUUGAAGUGGCUUGAUUUGCAAGGGUACGAGAGGGCUAUGAAGAAGGUGCAGAGAAAAUUCGAUCAGUUAAUGCAGAGAAUAGUGGAGAAGCACAGGGAAAACCCACCAAAAGAGAAGGAAGAGAUGGAUUUCAUAGAUUUGCUCAUCUUGCAGGCUGAGGAGAAUGUUGAAGAAAUUCCUGAUAAAGAUGGCUUCGUCAAAGCCAUUGCUAUGGUUUUCACCAAACCAUAA